AUGUCCAAAGCCAGCAGCCCGCCUUCGGCUCCAUUUCUCCGUCUGCCCAACGAGUUGGUCGGCUCUAUUUGCCAUCUCCUGCCAAACAGUGACAUCAAGAAUCUCCGCCUUACCUGCCGCUUUUUUGCUGAAAAAGCUCAGCUGCGUCUGCGCCGUGUCUUCAUUUCCCCUGGUCUACACAACCUCGACGCUCUCCGCGGCAUCGCGGACCACGACACAUUUCGACGAGAUGUGGAGGAGAUCAUCUGGGAUGAUGCCACUUUGAAACCCAUCCAAAGAGAGAAAGGGCCGAAUAGCCACGGUUGGGACCCGGAUGCUGAAGAUUCUGACGAAGAGGAAGAACCUGUGCUUCAAUGGUUCGUCCGACUUUGUAAAAUCAGCAUCGCCCAUCUCAAAUCACGCAUGAUGCGCCAAAAUCGACCCGACACUGUUGCAAGACAAGAAGAGUUGGCCAAUGCCAUGUCUUUCCGGGAAUCACUCAAGCACUACCGAGUCCUCGUGCUACAACAACAGUACAUAUUUCAGUUGCGUGCUGACGAGGAUGCCUUCCGGUACGCUCUGCGGCGUUUCCCUCGUCUGAAAAGGGUCACCGUCACACCAGCGGCCCACGGUUUUCUAUUUGAGCCUCUAUACAAGACACCCAUGAUUCGAAACCUGCCUUAUGGUUUUCUCUAUCCCAUCCCACGAGGCUGGCAAGUCCCACGCGAUGGCAUCAAUCGAGACCCAGUGUCACCAUGGGAUGGCGAUGGAGCCAUUGAGAAAGAAAAGGACCAAUGGCGUGGAUUUCGCAUUGCCACGCGCAUCCUAGCCGAAGAGCAACAUCACCAUGUCUCGGAGUUGAUCUUUGACAACCACAAGAUCACGACCGGGAUUAACCACUUUGCCUUUCAUCCACCAAGUGAGGAGUAUCAUAACUUCUGCACCAUUCUCAAGCGUCCUGGGUUCCGGCGUGUCGAGGUUUCCUUACUUGUAGGAUACCUGAUGGACGAGGAGGCUGAUGGUUGGGACACGUAUCGCAACGGGGAUUUGUACAAGGCCCUCGCCGGGGCACCCGAUUUGGAGCAUGUUGGCUUGCAAUCUGACUAUGAGGAACAUGGGUACCAUACAGGGGGCAGCAUGGAAGAGUUCGUUUCGCUAUUCAGUGUGUUCCCCAUCGAUCGUUGGACAAAGCUCAGGCAUUUUGGGUUAUCCCGCAUGCAGGUGGCCCAAGAUGAUCUUGUCUCGUUUCUCGCCAAGCUUCCGUCCACAUUGGAGUCAGUCGAGCUCAGCUUUCUCGCCUUUCUUGAAGAGCAAGGCAACUACUGCGGCCUCUUGAGCGACAUCCGUGAUAAGCUCGGUUGGAGAGACCGGCCUGUCGAUGCAAAAGUCAAGAUCUGCGUGCUUAUUACGUUUAAUCAAGCCAACCGAGAAGGGCGGUACAUCCGUCUCAACAAGGAGGUCCAAGACUAUGUUUACGGAUCUGGACCUCCACCCUUUAGCCCCAGGGGCUACAUCGGUUACGGUACAGGUGUGCAGCAAGAUGAGUUUAACCCUCACUGGGAACGACCUUAUGAGAAACCUUCAACAUUAGAGAGACUUGGAUACUGA